AUGAGCGCCCCCGCGUACGCCGAGCAAGGCUCCUCCUCGGGCAAGGCGCCCGCUGCCGAGCAGGACACUGCCGAUGGCGGCUUCAAGCCCCAACAACCCAUGGCCGUCCAGCCUCCGAGGAAGGAUGACCUCCAGCGCAGCUAUGCCACUGUUGUUGAUGCCGAAGCCAAUCCCAAGGGCUGGUAUGGCACAAUGAUCAACGCUGCCGGUGCCGUCAUUGGCACUCUUGGUGCCUUCCCAUGCUGUGUCAUCUGCCCAAACCCCUACAAGCAUGUUAACCAGGGCCAUGUCGGUUUGGUUACCAAGUUUGGCAAGUUCUAUCAGGCAGUCGACCCUGGUCUGGUCAAGGUCAACCCUCUCAGCGAGAAGCUUAUCACCGUCGACGUGAAGAUCCAGAUUGCCGAGGUCCCCCAGCAAACCUGCAUGACCAAGGACAACGUCACCCUUCACCUCACAUCCGUCAUCUACUACCACAUCGUCUCUCCCCACAAGGCCGCCUUUGGUAUCUCCAACGUCCGCCAGGCCCUUAUUGAGCGUACUCAAACCACACUCCGCCACGUCCUCGGUGCCCGCAUCCUCCAGGACGUCAUUGAGCGCCGCGAGGAAAUUGCCCAGUCCAUCGGCGAGAUCAUCGAGGAUGUUGCCGCCGGAUGGGGUGUUCAGGUGGAGAGCAUGCUGAUCAAGGACAUCAUCUUCAGCCAAGAGUUGCAGGAGUCUCUUUCCAUGGCCGCCCAGAGCAAGAGAAUCGGGGAGAGCAAGAUCAUUGCCGCCAAGGCCGAGGUCGAAGCCGCCAAACUCAUGCGCCAGGCUGCCGACAUCCUCUCGUCGGCGCCUGCCAUGCAGAUCCGCUACCUCGAGGCCAUGCAGGCCAUGGCCAAGUCGGCCAACAGCAAGGUCAUCUUCCUACCAGGCGCCAACGGCGCCGGAGCCAUGCCGGAGGUGGGACAGAACUUCCACGCCCCCAACACCACAGGCGAGUCCAGCGGCUCACGGGACAACGCGACCUUCAAUGACUUUGGAGGUCACGAUCCCGGUUUCCAAACUGCCAUGAACGCUCGCGUUGUCGAGAACAUUUAA